CUUGUUGAGAUUUCCGCAGCUUUGGGGUGAUGCAGUCAUCUCUUCGGGAUGUAAUCUUCCCUGUUCUGUUUGUCCAGGACCCUGCACGUUCUCGACGCGUAGUCACUUGACUGCAGCAGGAGAGGAAUUGGAACACCAGCUGUGAGCCACUGGGGCAGUCCUCGUGCCGGGCCAGCAGGAACACGGUGAGCGGCUACUUCCUGGCGGGCCGGGACAUGACAUGGGGGCCGAUGGGAGCCUCCCUCUUUGCCAGCAGCGAGGGCUCGGGCCUCUUCAUCGGACUGGCGGGUUCGGGCGCAGCUGGAGGCCUGGCGGUGGCAGGCUUCGAGUGGCACGCCACAUACGUGCUGCUGGCCCUGGCGUGGGUGUUCGUGCCCAUCUACAUCUCCUCGGAGAUUGUCACCAUGCCUGAAUACAUCCAGAAGCGCUAUGGAGGCCAACGGAUACGCAUGUACCUGUCUGUCCUGUCGCUGCUGCUGUCUGUCUUCACCAAGAUAUCGAUGGACCUGUACGCGGGGGCCCUCUUCGUGCACAUCUGCCUGGGCUGGAGCUUCUACCUGUCCACCAUCCUCACGCUCACCAUCACGGCCCUGUACACCAUCGCAGGGGGCCUGGCCGCUGUGAUCUACACAGACGCCCUGCAAACGCUCAUCAUGGUGGUGGGAGCCGUGAUCCUGACGGUCAAAGCUUUCGAGCAGAUCGGCGGGUAUGAGCAGCUGGCAGCAGCCUACGCCCGGGCCGUCCCAUCCAGGAUCAUCUCCAACACGACCUGCCACGUGCCGCGGGCAGACGCCAUGCACAUGUUCCGAGACCCCUACACGGGGGACCUCCCGUGGACCGGGAUGACCUUCGGCCUGACCAUCAUGGCCACCUGGUACUGGUGCACCGACCAGGUCAUCGUGCAGCGGUCACUGUCCGCAAGGGACCUGAACCACGCCAAGGGGGGCUCCAUCCUGGCCAGCUACCUCAAGAUGCUGCCCAUGGGCCUGAUCAUCAUGCCGGGCAUGAUCAGCCGCGUGCUGUUCCCAGAUGACGUGGGCUGUGUGGUGCCGUCCGAGUGCCUGCGGGCCUGCGGGACCGAGAUUGGCUGCUCCAACAUCGCCUACCCCAAGCUGGUCAUGGAGCUGAUGCCCACAGGCCUGCGGGGGCUGAUGAUCGCUGUGAUGAUGGCCGCUCUCAUGUCAUCGCUGACCUCCAUCUUCAAUAGCAGCAGCACGCUGUUCACCAUGGACAUCUGGAAGUGGCUGCGGCCCGGCGCCGGGGAGCGGGAGCUGCUGCUGGUGGGACGGCUGGUCAUCGUGGUGCUCAUUGGCGUGAGUGUGGCCUGGAUCCCGGUCCUGCAGGGCUCCAACGGUGGGCAGCUCUUCAUCUACAUGCAGUCGGUGACCAGCUCCCUGGCCCCCCCGGUGACCGCGGUCUUCGUCUUGGGCAUCUUCUGGCGGCGGGCCAACGAGCAGGGGGCCUUCUGGGGCCUGAUGGCGGGGCUGGCGGUGGGUGCCACCAGGCUGGUGCUGGAGUUCCUGCACCCGGCCCCGCCCUGUGGCCGCCCCGAGCAGCGGCCUGCCAUCCUCCGCGGCGUCCACUACCUGCACUUCGCUGUGGCUCUCUUCGUGCUCAGCGGGGCUGUGGUGGUGGCUGGGAGCCUGCUGACGCCACCCCCGCAGGGCGUCCAGAUCGAGAACCUUACCUGGUGGACCCUGGCUCAGGACCUGCCCUCAGGAGCCAAGACAGGUGACCACCGAGCAUCCCAGAAACAUGCCUUCUGGGCCCGCGUCUGUGGCUUCAACGCCAUCCUCCUCAUGUGCGUCAACAUCUUCUUCUACGCCUACUUCGCCUGACACUGUCCCCAGACGCCCCCCUUCCCCACCAAGGAUACGGAGGCCCAGAGGAGGGUGCGCCCCUCGUGGCCACAGGGCAGGUCAGUGCCCAGGGGCUGGCUGAGCCAGCAAAGCAGGAGCUCUGAAAAAUUAGGGAGAAAAUGGGAGAAAAGAAUGUGUGAUACUUCAAAAAUAGUAGUCGUAAUUGGAAAGAAAAUGAGAUUUCUGAUGAACAUC